AUGUCGCAGUGGGUCUGCUGCAACGCCUGCUUUCUUCCACCUUCAUCCGAGCUUCGAAUGGCGCUCACCUCUUGCGGCCAUGUCGUAUGCAGUGUUUGUUACAAAAAAGGUAAACAAGGCAGGUGUUUGAUUUGCAAAGACAAAUGUCAAGUGAUCCCUCUCACUGACCAAAGCCGCACGGAAGUGAAGGAGCUCUUCUCCCAAGUCAAGGUUGCUGCAAAGAAACAGUUGUCAGAGAUUAAAAAGGUUGCAAUGUUCCAAGUCAAACAUAGUAAAAAAUUGGUGGCAUACUAUCAGAAAAGGAACGAGAAAUUGGAGGCGGACUGGGUUAAGAUGAAGCAGGAAAUGCAGAAGAUGAACAAGAAGAUGAAUGAACAGAGUGCAUACAUUGCUAAACUGGAAUAUUCAGUUCAAAGUUUGAAGUCGUCGUCAUCAUCGAUGGGCCAAACCUCCCAAAGCUUGCACGGAAAACAAGUCCCGCAGAUGCUGUUCAGUUCUCCCAUGCCACUCUCCAAGCAUUCCUCAUCCUGCAACAUCAGUGGUGACAACACGGACAGGGAUGAACAAUUGAGUUUCUUACGUAAACCUCCACGUGCCCCCAGUUUGUCACUGUUCAGUCCUCUACAUGACGGAGGCAUGGGCACAAUUCCUCACAGGACGUCCAGCCAAAUGACCAACCACCUCACAUUCAGUCAGUGGUCGAGGUCGCCGACGACGCCCGGCGUGUUGUUUGGACCCAAGUCCAUUUGGAAUUCGCCCAUGUUCUAGCCCUUCCGGGACUACCCUGCUCCCUAAAAGCAGGUCCAUACAUACCCAACUGGAUGCUUAUGACUACUUAUUUUCCACUUCCUCUGAGAAAGGGAGAACACCAGCACCUGUCCUAUUCACGCAUUUAAACUGGGAUUUCGUGAACAAUAAAUACUGUUUACUGGCAUCGACACAUCAAAGGAGGCCCAGUAACUCUGUGUUUUUGUGUGCGUGUGUGCGUGCGUGCGUGUGCGUGCCUCUAUGACCUCAGUUGCACAAGUGAAGGCAAGGAGUAAAAGCGUGGAAAUAGAAACGUGAUAUCACCCAAAGUCACGGCAGGAAGGAAAAGAUGAUGGCGGCGGCAGAUUGAUGCGCUCAGACACGUCCACCAUUUCUUCCAUUGUCCUCGCUUGUCAGCCAAGUGAAUGGCGUCUAUUGAGGGAGGCUCAGGUGUGACUGUGUAUGUGUGCACAUGGGUUCCAGGUCU